CGUCCUUGUCUGUUUGGAAAGCAGUUGAAGAUACUAACUGGCAGAGAUACAUCGUCUAAUAAGGUGGCAUGAUACUGCUUUUUUUCUAGGCUGUCACGGCGGCAUCAAUAGCAACAUGCCAGAGCUCAGUUUCUAUGAUGUAACUAUCAGUUCGAUGCUCCGAUUCGAUAGUCACAGCUUCAUGCGUAUGAAUAUCCAUUUAUUGUUCACUGGUUCUGUGAUAUCUGUACGAGGAUUUCGCCGAUAUCCGAAAUGCGACUACAUGAUGAACCAGUCAUGGAGAUCAUUGACAGAUCACAGCGGUCACCUCAUCGGGACACAUUGUUCAACAAGCGUAAAGUAUACGGAUACAAUAUACUAGCGACAAUGUCCGAAAGCACCAAAUACGUCGAUCGUGAGAUCCCUACAAUAUCUCUGGGCGAUUUUGAUGCUAGAAUCGAUGACAUAACAACCCAGCUUGUGAUGGCAGCGGAGGAAGUAGGUUUCUUCUCCAUCACUGACCAUGGACUCUCGGUGGAGGAAAUCAACCACAUGUUCGAAACUUCAGAAGCCUUCUUCUCUCUUCCUGACGAGGUCAAAGCAACGGUUCCGUGGAGUCCCAGGAACGUAGGAUGGGAGAAGAACUCUCAAAUCCGACCAUCAACAGGAAAGCCGGACAGGAAAGAAUCUUAUCAGCUACAGUUUGGCCAGAAUAUGAAAGGCAUGUGGAUCAAAGAUGAAUACCUUCCCAAGUUUCGAGAAGAUUCCUUGGCCUUUAUGAACCGCGUACAAAAAAUAUCUGAGAAAUUGAUGAUAUGCUUUGCACGCGGUCUGGGAUUCCCCGAUGACUACUUCAUCAAGUUCCAUGAUAUCACCCGGCCUAUCUCUCAGACAACCAUGCGUCUAUUGCAUUACUUCGCCCUUCCAGAGGGAAACAACACAGGAGUCUAUUAUCGUGCCGGAGCACACUGCGACUGGGGAUUCCUGACCCUACUUUUCCAACGAGAAGGCCAAGGCGGACUGGAGAUCUGUCCAGGCCGAGAAGUCGUCACAGAGUUUGCUCUUGGAGACGCGUGGACAAAGGUCGAUCUCAAAGCUGGAGAUAUCAUCUGCAAUAUCGGUGAUUUGCUCAUGUCAUGGUCGGAUGACCGUUUCAAGUCGACUUUCCAUCGUGUCAAGACUCCGUCAGAGCCGGGUGAUUACUUUGGUGAUAGAUAUAGUAUCGCGUUCUUCAACCAGCCGUGCGCGGAUGCAUUGAUUCAAGGCCCAAAGAAGAAAUAUGCGAUGGUUACUGGAGAGCAGUUCACUGCGAAUGCCAUGAAGAGGAACUUUAGUGCCUUGCAGGAGAAGCAGAGGGCUCUUGCGGCUAUGGCCGCUUAAGCUCUAUUGUUCCAUACUUCAUUGCAGAAGCUGAGUACAGAUAUUAUACAGAUUUCUACGAAUAUUCAGAAUCUAAGUAAAUAUUUUAAAGCAAAGUCGUUCAUCA